GCCUUGUACGAAGACUGGUCGGGGUAAAAAUGUGUUGUGUGUCCCUUUUUAUCUUGCUUGGGAGCCGCUGAGCCCAGCUAAACUGCUCAUUCAUCCACGGUCUGUGUGUUCUUCCACAGGACUCUCUUGUGAAACCACUACGUUCCCUGGAAUAUGCUUUGUUUCCAUGGUAACAGGCCUCAUGCAGACCCAGAAAAACAUCGGGCCAAGUUGAUCCUCUUUUUUUCCGCCUUACCUGAUCCUGGUCACCAGGGAUGAAGAUUUAUUUAGAAACAACUAAAGAUCCCUGAGGUACCACUACCCCUUAUGAUGGCAAAACCACAACUGUGAUUUUUCAAAGUAAAUGUACUUUGUUGUCUUUUCCCUUGGGAUCACGCUGGAACUAUUUGAAGGGUCCCCUGAAACCAAGCGUUAACAAAAAGGUUUACAUUGGAAUUUCAUCAGAUUUGAGUUAUUGCUCAUCUAUUAUGUUGGGGAUAUACUCAUUUUAUAUUAGGGGAUUUUAAAUUUUGCCUACCAACGGGUAAUAAAGGCAUUCUCUACAAGGACCAGGAUGCACCAGCUCUUCAGUCAGGUGCUGGGCCAAAGGGAUUUGUCCAGAGCCGGUGAUCUGUUUUCUCUGGAGGAUGCUGCGAUCGAAGACUGCUUGUCACAGGCUCUGGACCAGAUCAAGUCCAUCUCCUGCUCACCAGAUUAUUUGACCAAUGACAAUGACCAGGCAGUCGUAGAGAUUUGUAUCACGCGGAUCACCACCGCCAUCAGGGAGACGAGCUCAAUCGAGAGGCACAGCACGGCCCUGGUAGGGCUGUGGGAGUCGUGUCUGGAACAUAACCUCACGCCUCAAGGUGACAGCACCGAGGACACGCCGCACACCAAGAUAGCCUCCGACAUUACAAGCUGCAUCCUGCAGAAUUACACAUGUCCAUCAGUCAUGGUGUUGGCUGUCCCAGUGGCGGUGCGCUUCCUGCAUAGAGGGAACAGAGAGUUGAGCAGGAACAUGUCCAGUUAUCUCUCGCUGGCUGCUAUUGUCGAGGUCGAUCUGCUGGCUGAACAUACGGAGGCCAUAACGCUCAGCGUGCUUGCAGGCAACUACAUGCUCCUCCGUGUGCUCCCUUCAGUCUACCCCAGACAACCUGAUGUCAUACACCGUCACCUUGGCAAGCUCACUGCUGUGAUGUCACAGCUGGAGUCCACAGAACAGCAACACCUGAUCAGACUGCUUCAACUGGUGGCUGAGCAACAUCCGCUGAUGUUCAGCCCCCAGGUGCCUGCCCUCGUCAGUUACCUAGGCAACCAGUCUCUAAUUGAGGCCAUAUUAGGCACUCUGGUGAAUGUGUCUCAAGCCAGCCCCUCCUCGCUGGUCAGCUGUCUGCCAAAGCUCAGGACUGUGGGACAACAAUGGCCUGCUCUCUUGGGUCAUGUGGCCAAAAUCCAUGGUGCUGUGGGCAUCAUCAGUGAGGCACAUGCACACAGUUCUUUGGGCUACCUAGUGUCUCUUCUGGGCAACAUGGAUCACACUUUUCACCACACGCUGCUGCUGGAAAUCCGAGCUCUGACGGACCGUUACCCGUCUGUGCUCGGAGGUUACGGGAAAGACCUCUACAGGCUGAGCAAUUCGUUCACAGCCAUAGCAAGACUACUGGGGAGGCGGCUGGAGGAGAGUACCACUGCACAUCGUAGCGAGAAUAGCCAUUGCUCGCCAUCUCCCAAUGCAUCGCUUCAAGGAGCGGAAGGAGGAGGUGGGGGGUCUGAGCCGAGGAAGCAGGUGUUGGCAGGGGGUGAGGCGGAGGCGCAGGAGGACUCUCCCGCCCCCCAGCGGCGAUACAGCCUGAACCAAGCGAUGACGGAGGAGCAACGAGACAUGAGAUUCAACAGGUCAAAGAGCCUGGCUCUUCAUGCUGUACGCUUGCCGUCCAUCAACUCAGACGACGGAGAAGGAGUGGAGCUGAGUCCAGACAACAUCACCUGCACUUUGCCCUGCCAGCAUUCAGCAGAACACCGGGAAGUGACGCCUCCCGCCAAGAAACUGACAGACAAUGCACCCACAUCCACCGUCACUCCCGCGCCAGACAGUGGGGUCAAAGAGGCACAGAGAGAUCACAGCGGGCAGAAGAACAAAGAGGAGGAGAAGGUGGAGGAGGAGGCGGGGGUAGCUGACAGACUCUUCAUCCACUUAAGAGACAAUCUGGAGAUGAUCCAAGAAUUUUGUAAGGACAUGGUCCAACAGAUCCCCAUACCAGAACAAUGUGCAAUAGAAGAAUCAAACAGAGGCUGUGUGGCCAAGCUGUCGUUCUCCUGUCCACUGAAGGGUCAUUACUGCCUGUAUGCCAAGUCCAGUUUUAACCUGAGCAGCCGCCGGCCUCAUCUUUGGAUACACAUCAUGCUUCUCCAUCUACAGAGUAAGUCCAACGUUCCGCUUUGUUCUGGAGAUGAGUGUGUUCAGAGGUUGGCUUCUCUUUGGGGGAACACACAACUCAAAGGAGCUCACAGCUUCCACAUGGCAAUGACGCAACACGCCACCCCACACAGAAAGGACCUGGACAGUCUCCAGAUGCAGCUGGAGGACGUUCGCUUCUUUGACCUUUUUGGCUACAGUGAAGAAGAGGGUGGGUGGUUAUGCUUCAUGUGCAACAACCCUGAGAAGGCCACAGGUGUGAAUCAGGAGGGUCAGCCUCUCAUUGAAGGAAAGCUGAAGGAGAAGCAGGUCCGCUGGAGGUUUAUCAAGCGCUGGAAGACUCGCUACUUCACCUUGGCAGGAAACCAGCUGCUCUUCCGGAGAGGCAAAUCGAAGGAUGAGCUGGACGACAUUCCCAUUGAGAUGAACAAAGUGCAAAGCGUCAAGGUGGUGGCCAAGAAGCGUCGGGAUCGAGGCCUCCCGCGAGCCUUCGAGAUCUUCACGGACAAUAAGUCGUACGUGCUGAAAGCUCAGGACGAGAAGCACGCCGAGGAGUGGCUGCAGUGCAUUAACGUGGCCGUGGCUCAGGCCAGAGAGCGCGAGAACAGAGAGGCCACCACCUACCUGUGACGUGACCGCACCACCUUCGCCGUCACCUGAGCGAAACAUUCCAAACACACACGGUGGGCCCCAUUAAUCAAUAUGUCAAUGUGUUCAUUUUGUUCGAACACUCCUUCACUUUUUUAAUUAUUAGUGGAUGCAAACUGAUCAGCGACAUUCUAUAGGUCACCAACAUGGUGCCCAUGGGCCAUAACUCACCACUGAUUGGACUGCUGUGGAAGUGGUCAUUUGAAAAUGUAGACAAUUGUAGGUUGGUGACCCCUGCUAUAGUUGCAUAUCCAAGUCAGCAGUUGCCACAGUGAGUCACCUGCAUGAUUAGUUUUUUUUUGUAUUCAGGUUUGGGACCACUAACCGGGUAUUGAACCCGCGCCAAAACAGAAUCACAUGAUACUCAUUCAGUAAACACACAAUUCCAAGGCUCCCAGAUUUCUCAUUUAGGAUAUGAGACUGUGAGCCUGUAGGCAAAACCUCACAAACUAAGGAAAGAAGUUACAAAUUGAUGAAAAAAGUUGCAAAAAAAAUUACAAAUACUUCACUAAUUCUCAAGUGAAUUUAAUGCAGCAGGAAGUCAUCGCUGUAGAAACAGUCGUCCUCACCCAUAACUCCUUAAGUGCAUUUUAGUCCUGUUUAAAUGCUCUACAAUGAAUACACGAUUAUGAAUAAAACGUAAGAAUGCUAUGCUUUUUUCAAAUAACUCAUAAAACCGUUGUGAAAUGUUAGUUUGAUCAAAAGUACCAAACAUAAGAUCUAACUAAACAAGCACAGACCAAUUUUACCAUAACUGGUUGAUGGAUGGGUUGACUUUUGAAGCACAUUUCGCUUAAACUCACACAAAAGACAAAUGAAAAAAAUGGAAAAAAAAAAUAUUUCGCAUGUCCAACAAGUUUGGUCGGAGCCAAUGAAUUGUUUUAACAGGAUAAAAUUCAUGUUUAUACUGUCUGGAUUAAUAAAUUCAAAAAAAUGUUUCCAUCAGAAUUAUUGAAGUGUGUUGUAGCGUUUUGGACAUUAUUAUUAUUAAGACAUUAUUUUGCUCCACUAUGUAUGUUCCUUUAGUUUCUAGAAGAAGCAAACAUGCUGUAUUUGUAAAAGUGCUGCUUUAACAACACAUUUUGCUCUGUUGAUGAAUAAGGCCCACUGACGCUUUCAUUCAGUACACAGUAUUAUUUUCUAGAAAUUAUAUUUUUAUUAUUGCAUUUUGAUGUGACACUUUUGAUGUGAGCUGUGGUGAGCAACUUUACUACAUUUCAAAUAAAACGCAUGUGUUCUUAUUCAUGUAAAUGCUGGAUGGGCCGGGUUAAAACAAAGCAGGUGGUAGAGUAUGUGGCCCGUGGACCAUACGUUGCCCACCCGAGUGUAGCCAAGAACCCCCAGCCACCCCCGUCCACCCCCGCUUUGCGGUAUGAGUUUCUUAUUUCAAUUACAGAUCUUGUCACAUUCUUGGAAGGAAAGCAUAUUGCAAAUGUCAAAAGAUCUCUGAAAUAUAUAAAUAUAGUAUGAGGUGUAUAAAUGAUUGUUUGGAC